AUGAUCUCUCUAACAUCGGCCGAAUUGAAUUAUCUUGUCUUCCGUUAUCUUAAUGAAUCAGGGUUCACGCAUUCAGCUUUUGCUCUAGGAUAUGAGGCAGGGAUCAAUAAAAGCACAAUUGAUGGUAAUUUAGUUCCACCAGGUGCUCUUGUUACCUAUGUUCAGAAAGGAAUUCAAUACCUUGAAUUAGAAGCAAACUUGACUAAUGAUGAUUUGGACACAGAUGAGGAUUUUCAGUUCCUACAACCUUUGGAUCUUAUCACGAAAGAUGUAUAUGAACUUCGAAAGAUCAUAAAGGAGAGAAAAGAGAAUAUGCAAAAGGAUAAAGCUAAAGGAAAAGAGAAAGAAAAUGUUGAAAAUGACAGGGAACGUGAACCCGAAUCUGCAAUUGAAAAGGAGAAGGAACCCGCCAGAGGAAAAGAAAAAGAAAAACAACCGAAGGAGAUAGAAAAGGAACAAGACAGAGAGAGGAUAGAUAAAGAAAAUGAUAAAGGGAAGGGCAAAGGCAAGGAAAAGCCACAAGUGGAUGUCACUGAUACAAGUCAAAAUGGAGAUAAGAUUAGCGGCAGACUUGAGGAGAAUGAAAUUGAUGAGGGGCCAGAACCUAUGAAUAUAUGCACAAGUUCAACAUCUUUGCCCUAUGAAAUCCCAAGCAGUGACGUGUUUUUUCUGCAGGGCCACACCUCUGAGGUUUUUGCAUGUACAUGGAAUCCAACUGGUUCACUCCUUGCUUCUGGGUCUGGAGAUUCGACUGCUAGAAUUUGGACAAUUGCAGAAGGACCAUGUAGCUCCACCAUGCAAGGUGGCCCUUUAAAUGUUGUUGUACUGAAGCAUUUCAAGGGUAAAACAAAUGAGAAAAGCAAGGAUGUCACAACACUUGAUUGGAAUGUGGAGGGGACGCUACUUGCCACAGGUUCGUAUGAUGGCCAGGCAAGAAUAUGGAAUAAGGAUGGGGAUUUGAUCAGUACCUUAAAUAAACAUAAAGGACCGAUUUUCUCUUUAAAGUGGAACAAGAAAGGAGAUUAUCUUCUUAGUGGGAGUGUGGAUAAAACUGCUAUUGUGUGGGACGUUAAGACGGGUGAAUGGAAACAACAAUUUGAGUUUCACUCAGCUCCUACUCUAGAUGUUGAUUGGAGAAACAAUGUUUCAUUUGCAACUUGCUCCACUGAUAGCAUGAUACAUGUUUGCAAAGUGGGAGAGAACCGACCAAUCAAAACAUUCUCAGGGCAUCAGGGUGAAGUUAAUGCUAUCAAGUGGGAUCACGCUGGCUCCCUGCUGGCUUCAUGCUCUGACGAUUCUACUGCAAAGAUAUGGAGCAUGAGACAGGACACCUGCAUUCUUGAUCUGAAGGAGCAUGCCAAAGAGAUAUACACUGUUAAAUGGAGUCCUACAGGAUAUGGUACCAACAACCCAAAUAAGGAAUUGGUGCUUGCAAGUGCCUCUUUUGACUCGACCAUAAAGCUGUGGAGCGUGGAAGCUGGGCAUCUUCUCCACAGCUUAAAUGGCCACAGGGAACCGGGUUAUUCGGUUGCUUUUAGCCCAAACGUGGAAAUGGUGGAAUCUUUGAAGUUUGCUGGAACAAAGAAGGCGAUAAGAUUGCUGCCUGUUUUGCAAAUAACGUGGUUUGCGUUAUAG